CGGCCCGUGGGCCUUGUGUUUGACACCUGUGAGUUAGGGUGUUUUAAAACAAUUAAACAUGGAUUUGUUCUAGCUUCGCUGCGUCACUUGACCCCCCGGUCAUCAGAGCCGUGUUUGUCCUCGUGUGAGAGCUGUGUGGGCAGAAGUAAAAGGAUCAGUCUCUAGUUUUAGUUUUUUCUUCCAAUUAGGACGUAACUAUUUGACGAUUUGACCCCGGCCUUCGACCGCGUGACCUUUGUGUCGAGCUCCGCCCUUCAACGUAAAUUGUAAAAUCGUGUGUCCGUCAAAAUUCUUUUUUUAAACUAAUCAACCUCAGGAAAUCACGAAGGACCUACCCACCUGACAGCAGUUUUUCGUUAUCAAAUCGUUUUUAUAUGUUUUUUUCUCAUGAAGCUUGAUCUGUAGUACGAAGUCAUUUCUCACUCACAUUCGAUGACAGUGACAGAAAAUUCUUCUGCCCAAAAAACGGUAUGACACAAUUUGGUUCUCGACCUUUUAGUGACAUGAGUCUACUAUUUUAUCCACUACUUUUGUGAACCUAAGACUAAGAAUUUUAAUAAAUUCAACGUUUAAGCUUUAGGGCCAAAUUACCUCUUUCCAGUGUGCCUAAAGACAAUGGGGCCUCGUUAUAUAGAGAGCUGAGAUUGUUCCGCAUGUUUUGAUUCAUAACACAUGGGUGCGUAUCAAAUACAAGAAGCUUUUAAAGGGUGGAUUUCAGGGAAUUGUGUAAAAUGGAGAAGAAGCCUUCGACCCCAGAGGGCAAACCGUGUGUCCGGAGCUGACCAAUCAUUUAUCAUGACAGUUAAUAAUAGUUAAAGAUUUACUAUCAUCACAAAUAAAAAAACACACUGGGAGAAGAGAUAACUACAACCACAGCUGACAGAAGACAGCGUCAGUCAAUCAGUCAACUUGACAAGAUGGAGGCAGUUGCUCGACCAGAACUUUUCGAUUUCCAUGGCGUCUGCAUGACACACUUUUUUACAGACAAUUGGGAGGAUAUUCAAAAUUUUGAAGCCAGGCCAGAUGAUAUACUUAUUGUAUCGUACCCCAAAGCCGGAAGCACCUGGGUCUCCUACAUCCUUGACCUGCUGUAUUUCGGUCAGACACAUCCAGAGCGCGAGACAUCCAUCCCUCUUUCUGUGAGGGUGGUCCUCUUGGAGAUUGAAUUCCCUUGGCUGUUCCCAGUGUUUCCCACACAGUGUGAUUCAUCAACAUGUGAACUCUCGCCAUGUCCUCCAGGAUCAAAGUCGACUCCACGCAUCAUCAAAGGCACGAAAAUGAUCAACCAUCUCACCGUCUCUCCUCGAAUCAUCAAGACUCAUCUUCCAGUCCAGUUUCUGCCAAAGUCCUUCUUCGAACAAAAGUGCAAGAUCGUCUCCGUGGCCCGCAAUGCAAAGGACAGCGUCGUGUCCUAUUUCCAUUUCGAACACAUGAUGCCGUUCUACCCGGAGCCGGGAGAGUGGGGCAGCUACCUCCAGAGAUUCAUGGACGCAAAGAUGAAUUUCGGGUCCUGGUACGACCACGUGAAGGGCUGGUGGGAGAAGAAACAGACGCAUCCCAACAUCCAUUACGUAUUCUACGAAGACCUGGCGGAGGAUUGUGGACGGGAAAUAGAAAAGCUGUGCUGCUUCCUUGGUUUGUCCCCUUCGCCCGAGGAGACGGAAAGGAUUGCCCAGAAAGUGCAUUUUGACGAGAUGAAGAAGAACAACAUGGUCAACCUUGUAAUGUUCCUUGAGACAGACACGAAUAAGACUUCCUUCAUCAGGAAAGGAAAGGUCGGUGACUGGAAGAAUCACUUCACCGUGGCCCAGAGCGAGACGUUUGAUGAGCACUACAAGCAGAAGAUGAAGAAUUGUCCACUGGAGUUUCAUACUGAGGUCUAGAGGCGUGGCGGUGGAUAGAGACACGGCGGGUUCAAAGGGUCCCGAUGGUCACCAAGAGGUAUCCAUGUGAAUCUUCCCCAUGUAAUUACUUACAUUGUGACAAUUCUUCUUAGAUUUUUUUACUUUUGGUAAAUUCAGGAGAAAUCUAGAGAUGCAAAUAGACAAAGUAGUAAAAUAAACACUUAAAUGUGUAUUUUUUAAGGUUUUUUUCUCGGCGCGUCUGAAAAAAAAGCAAACGAUUCUACAUGGAUCAGUGCAUGACUUGAAAAAAAUAAUAAUCUCUGUUACUGAUUUACCAUGCGGAUAAAUAAACCGUCCAUGUUUGACCUUCACCCUGCAGCAGGAAGUAUGUUCAGGGUUUGUUCUCAGUCAUCUGCUGAGGGGGAAAGGCUCUUCUUGCACACAUGAGAUCUGAGUUUGGAGACUUCCUGUAUGAUUUUGAGACAUCACAACUCGUUUAGAGCCAAAUGGAAAAUAUCUCAUGUUACAACGACAUGUUUCUCAUGUUAGACUGAACAGGGGCGAUGUUUCAGGAUCACCUGAUUCUAGUUCAUUAAUAGACUAAAUGUGUUUUCUGUUGGCUUCUAAUACCUUUGUCAGCAUUUAAUUCCCUCCCCAAAACAAAAAAUAAUUAAAGAAAUUCCACAAACUGA